AUGUGGACGAGGCCCAUCAUCUCCGUUAUGAUAAGCCUUUUGAUAUCACUUAUUCCAAGGUCAAAAGCACACAUAAUGGAAGAACACAAGGUUUCCAAAAUUAACUCAGAGGAGGUUCAUUCCUGGAUAUUCACCGAUGAGGAGCAUUUACUAUCAUCCAAAUUAUGGAGAGCUUUGGAAGAAACAGAUGUGGAGUUCAACAAAACAACAAUACAUUUGAAUGAAACUAAUCAAAUGUUUGUUCUUUCUUCAACCAACCCCUUGACAUUCUAUGAAUUUGAAGCAGGGGACCCAAAUACAUUUUCAAAUACCGUUCCUGUCACAGGAUGUUUACGAAUGGUUAAUAAUACAUCAAGUAUAACAUAUAUCGAUGCUCAAGGAUACUCCCUUUCUACUCCACCAGGGUUAUCAGUCGGAGUUUCUUUGUUGUUAGUAAGUUUAGCCAAUGACUAUGGAUUUGACGGUUUAGGAACUAAGCUUUAUAUGAGCAACACUGUCAUCUGUCGUGCGGGUGUAGGAGAAACAAUACAGAUUCAGAAGAAAUUGAAAUUUACCUCGUUCCCAAAAGCGAGAUUGAAAAAGCUCAUUUGGAAGAAGAGAAAGGCAAAGUCGAUAAUAGAAAAAGUGAAAGAUGUAUUCAAGAAAAAGGAGCCGGAUGUGGAUAUGAAAGCUGCUAGUCUUGGUGGUUGGACAGAGGGUAAAUGGGAGGAUAUUUAUACGUUGUACAAGUACAAAAAGUUGGGAUUAUUGUUUUUCAAUUUGAAUGAGUUGAAACAUGAAAAGCCAUUUUGUGAGAGCAGACGAGAUCACUUACAAUGCCUGGUUUUGAGUCGUUGA